AUGGCUCCUACUAUCCUUAUUGUCGGUGCAACUGGCAACACAGGCCGAAGUGUUACCGAAACUUUGCCAACGUUGCUAAAGACUUCUAACACUCUGUCGGAUCACCGAAUCAUCGGUCUCACCCGUUCUCUGAAUAGUCCAGCAGCACAACAGCUUGCUAGACUGCCUGGUGUUGAGGUGGUCGAGCAGAACUGGGUUGAAAUCACCGCUGACUGGCUCCGGGAACACGAGGUAGUCAGAGCUUUUAUUGCGUCACAUAACGAACCGAAUCAAUUCGCCGAAGAAUCAGCAUUCCACCUUGCCGCCCUCAAAGCUGGCGUCAAAUAUGUGGUGCGAAUCUCGACCACUGCUGCGAAUGUUCGGCCGGAUUGUGAUGCGUACUAUCCACGCACGCAUUGGGCAAUCGAGGCUCUCCUGAGCUCGCCAGAAUUCAACGGCUUGCAGUGGACUUCACUCCAGCCCAAUGUCUUUUCACCACUGUAUCUCUCUUCCGCCGCAGAAUUCAUCAAACAAUACCGCAAGACUGGAAAGCAGGAGACUCUGAGGUUGAUGGCGUCAAAAGAUGCUCCUGUCGGCAUCAUUGACCCUGAUGAAGUUGGAGUCCUUGCAGCCCACCUCUUGGCUCAGGACGAUCCUGCUGUUCACAACAAAGCCAAAUACGUCCUGAAUGGGCCAGAGGACAUCACCGGGAGCCAGAUUGUCGACAUAAUUGAGCAGCGGAUUGGUACGAAAGUCAAGGAUGUGAGCUACAAAGACAUGUCGUUCAUUGAUACGAUUUAUGAGCACAAGUUCGCGGCAACUCAGCAAUCAAAGAACAUUAUAUUGUCUAUCAAACACGCUCCGGAGACGGCGUGGGAAGGAAAGUGCACGGCUUCCACAACCAGCAAGGAAGUAUUGGAGCUUGCUGCACCAAAGCGUACACCUGCUGAAGUGUUGAGGGCCUUAUUGGAGGAGUAG